CAACAGAUAAGGCAUGCAUUUCGUCAUCCUGUUUGGGUUCAGUUUCUGAAAAACAACUGAGACUGACGGUGACAGAUUGAGACUGACGCAUUGAUUGCUCUGUUUGGUCGAGACCUGCAUGAACGCAGUAACAUUUAAAGUGUUGCGGCGCUCGCGCCAUUCUAGUCAUUGCAUCUUCUAUGGGAAAUAUAUAUUUUAAUCUAUUACGCAGCCGAGGAAGUUCAUUGAAGAAAACGCUUGUCUACACAACAGGUUGCCGCACAUUGUUUUAGAGAAUAUGGCAGUAGGUUCAACCGGCCUCACAACCAACCACACCUCCACAUCUGGCUUCUUCACCUGCAAGAACAUCUGAUCAUCUAAAGUCCUUUUGUGGAGAAACUCAUUCUGAUUGGCUGGGCCUAGCUCCCCAGUGGGUGGGCCUGGCUGCCAGACGAGCUGUCCAGGAUGAGGUGUGAAUUAGAGGUGACCCCUGAACCCAGCAGCCCCACGCUGCUCGGAGAGGUAGCAGACACCUACUGCCAGGUGGACCGCUGGCAGAAGCUUCGCACCGCUGUCCGCAAACUGGAAUUCUGGGAAGACUUCAGUGCCGAGCUGAUUGGGAGUGGCUUCUUCUCCAAGGUGUACAAGGUGUCUCACAGCACAACGAGGAAAGUGAUGGUGGUCAAGAUCUAUAAGAACGACGUGGACCAGGACAGCAUCGUACGAGAGAUCAGUCUACUGCAGAAGCUCUCACACCCUAACAUUGUCAGGUAUCUUGGAAUCUGUGUGCGAGAAGAAAAGCUGUACCCAAUACUGGAGUAUGUGAGUGGGGGCUGUCUGGAGGACCUCCUGGCCCAGGAGGACGUGUCUCUGUGUUGGAGGGAGAAGGUGGACCUGGCCUGUGACAUCAGCAGGGGCAUGACCUACCUGCACUACAAGAACAUCUACCACAGAGACCUCAACUCCAAGAACUGUCUGAUACGGGAGACGUCUCGGGGCAGGGAGGCGGUGGUUACAGAUUUUGGCCUGGCCAGGGAGGUAAUGGUGGAGCUGCCAGCUAACGACCCAGAGAGGAAGAUGUCUCUGGUGGGUUCUGCCUUCUGGAUGGCCCCCGAGAUGCUCCGAGGGGAACCCUACGACCGCAAGGUGGAUGUCUUCUCUUUUGGCAUCAUGCUGUGUGAGAUUUUGGGCCGGAUCUCAGCAGAUCCCGAGAUCCUUCCCAGAACACGGGACUAUGGUCUAGACGUUGAGGCCUUCAGUGAGAUGGUCCAGGGUUGUCCACGACGCAUCCUGGAGCUGUCAGCCAACUGCUGUCUGAUGGAUGCGUUUCGGAGACCCUCCUUCUCAGAGCUGCUGGAUGAGUUGGAGGACAUCGCUGAGAGCCUGGAACCCCCUGACUCAAACCUGACCACUGGGUGAGGGGGUGGGGUCACCAUGUACCCCCCUCAGCCCUCCUCCCCCUGAACGGAGGACAAUGUGGACGGCAGCAGGCAGCCACCCCAGUCUUAUACAGCAGAGGCACUUUAUAGUUCAGGUCCGCUCUACAGGAACCAGGUGUAGGGCUCAUAAUGCAGCUCCUCCUGUUGACUCUGUGUGUUUCUCUGAAACAGAACCGGAUCACUGGAAGUUCAACACUCAUCACCCCCCACUGUCUUUCUACAGUAGCUCAGCUAGUGUGGGUCCAUUUGAAAGGGGUGGGGGUCGAAACAAAUAAUUCCCUAAGGAGCAUUUCCUCCUGGCUCUUAAGUUGUAUUAUAUGAUGUUAUUAUUCCACUUUAAGUUAAGGAUGUAGAAAUCCUUAUUUGUAAAUAGUGCAUAAGGAGGACUGUCCAAGUAGUCCUGAUCCGUCUAUUCUCUUCUAUCAUAAUAUCAUCAUUUAAAACAGGGGUUCCCAACCUAGAUCUGCAAUGCUUUAGGCUAGAAACAUGCAGUUAAUUGUCUGAGAAAGACGCAACUCUGAUGCACAUGGGAAUAUCUUUCGUUUGUCUCUGACAUUCAGAAGCUUAGCUACGACCUUCUAAAGUCGAGGAAAUUGGACUGCUUGGGAAGUAAUCUUAUACAAUGUGUGGCUCUGUCGCUAUCAAUUGAUCUAUUCACUUUCUGUAAAAGAGUAUCUAUAAUAAAAUGAUCAUAAUAAAACAUAUUUGGUAGCGGAAUAACAUUUGAGGAAAUCGGGUCUAGACUUUAUUUUCCUUAUCCAUUAUUAUUAAAUAGCCCAUCUAAAAGAUGUCACGAGUCUUCUUAAACUACGUAGAAUUGCAGGAAAUUAGCUUAAAAACAGCUAAAUUUUCCUUGGUCCCUCAAAUGAAACAAAAUCAAGCUGGUAGUCUAUAUUAAAUACACCAUCUCAAUAAACAAUAAUAAAUAAAAAACGGGGAAAGGGGUGUGACAUUUUUCAAAUGUGAAAAAGGCGGUCCUGGGGGUAAAAAGUUGGAAACCCCUGAUUUUAAAAUAACAUUUAUGUAGGACUUCUCCCCCUUUCUUUCAUCAGCCAGUCCAAGUGGUGACACAAUCAAAAAUAAAUCCCUCCCUCUGUUAAAGUAGUCAUCUGAAUGAUGUCAUUUAACAGUGAGGUAAUGGUGGACUGCAGCAGGAUUACAGGAGUCAGGAUUACAUUGCACUAGAAGUGACUGUUACAGUACAUGGCUGAAAUCUAUAGGAUGAAGGAAUUGUGCUACUGUGUGGGUAAGGACCAAACAACACUCUCUUUCUGGUUUCUAACGUCAACACUGUUCUGUUGGAGAUUAACAGAGGUGGCCAGUGUUAGGUACAGUGGGGGAAAAAAGUAUUUCAUCCCCUGCUGAUUUUGUACGUUUGCCCACUUACAAAGAAAUGAUCAGUCUAUAAUUUUAAUGGUAGU